GCCUACGAAUCGACCAGUCGAGCGACGUAUCUCAAGCCACACGGUUGUCAUCUGAAAUUGUUGGUUACGCGACAGAUCCCCAAAGAUCAAGUUAUCCGGAAUACUCGUAAUUUACAACGUGCUUUUCCGUGGGAAUAUUUUCCAGCAUUAGGAAAAUCCAAAGGAUAUCGUCCAGCCAAUCGGAGUGGCAAAGCAACCCACACGUAACUGCCAAGCGUGACGAAAUCGGGAGAGAAAAAAAAAGAUAGUGGCGACGUAACCGUUACGCUUAAGUGCAACUGUUGCAUUUGCCAAUUUGCCCCAUUUUGUGUGUCCGACUGAGCGUGAGUCAGUUUGGCCAGUGAGUGAGUGAGUGCCGCCUGGAGUGAGUGUCGAAGUGAGUGUCGCCUUGAGUGUUUGGAGUGGCGUGUGAUUGCACUGGAUACGGCCUUGCGAUGCGGCCCACCGUCGAGGUCAAGGGUCGCCUGCUGAUGACCAUGCUGCUACACCUCCUCGUGGCUCUGGAGGUGUGUGGACGGGCCGGCGCCUUUACGCUUCUAUCGCCCUUCAGUUAUAGUUCGCUGAGCUUUAAGAACCUUCUAAACUCCGUUCUGCUGUCGAGCAAUGCCAACCUGGCCGGCGGUGGACGAAACCUUAAGUCCGACGUCCUCGAGGAUGCCUCUCUCAUCACGCCCAAAUUAAUACGCAAAUAUGGAUAUCCAUCGGAGACCCACACGGUUGUUACGAAGGAUGGCUAUAUCCUGGAAAUGCAUCGCAUACCCAAGAAAGGAGCUCAGCCAGUCCUGCUAAUGCACGGCAUUCUGGAUACUUCGGCCACGUGGGUUCUCAUGGGACCAAAAUCCGGACUGGGUUACAUGCUGUCCGAUCUGGGCUAUGAUGUGUGGAUGGGCAACUCACGGGGCAAUCGGUACUCCAAGAACCACACCAGCCUUAACAGUGACUACCAAGAGUUUUGGGACUUCACCUUCCACGAAAUGGGCAAAUACGACCUGCCAGCCAACAUUGACUACAUCCUGAGCAAAACCGGAUACGAGCAGGUGCACUACAUCGGCCACUCGCAGGGAACAGCCAUCUUCUGGGUCCUGUGCUCCGAACAGCCCGCCUACACCCAGAAAAUAACCUCGAUGCACGCCCUUGCGCCCAUCGCCUAUAUCCACGACAUGAAGAGUCCCCUCUUCCGCACUCUCGUUCUCUUCCUCGACUUUCUCACGGCCGCCACACGAAUGCUGCGCAUCACGGAGUUCAUGCCCAACACCAAAUUCCUAGUGGACCACAGCCAGGUUGUGUGCCACGACAACGCCAUGACGCAGGACGUCUGCUCGAAUAUCCUGUUUUUGGUAGCUGGCUACAACUCCGAACAGCUGAACAAAACCAUGCUUCCUGUGAUGCUAAGCCACACGCCCUCAGGAGCUUCUAUUAAGCAGCUGGAGCAUUUUGGCCAACUGAUGAAGUCCGGUCAUUUCCGGAAGUUUGACCGUGGUUAUUUGCGUAACCAACUGGAGUACAACCGGAUGACUCCACCGGACUAUGACCUAUCUAGGGUCAAAGUACCAGUGGCACUGUAUUACUCGGUGAAUGAUCUGCUGGUCUCAACCACCGGAGUAGAUCGUUUGGCCCGGGAACUGCCCAAUGUGAUCGACAAGUAUCUGGUGCCCAUGGAGCGGUUUAACCAUCUCGACUUCCUGUGGGCCAUCGAUGUGAAGCCGCUGGUGUACAACCGCCUGGUUCGAAAUGUUCGGCGGGUGGAGAACCAUAGGGCGAAGCUAACGGCAAAUUUGGCCAAUUAUCUGGCCAUGCAGCUGCAGCGCCAGCAGCUUCGCCAACAGAUGCAGCAACAGAUGCUGGAGGGUCUACCGCCCAAUGUGCAUCUCCCUCAUGGCUUAGGAAUGGAGAUGAUUGCAAGAACCACCUUGGCUCCUGUAAUGCCGCCCAUCACAACCACGCCCUCGACAACGACAGAGGUUGCUGAAGAGGAUGAGGUCGUGACCACCGCCACCGCAAUAACGGAAGUUCCGGCGUGACUUUAAUGCCACCUGGCCAAGCUCUUUUCGUUCCAAUUUCAUAUGACUGUGAUGACAUUUUUAACAAUUUACCGAUCGCAGCAUCGCCAGGUUCUCCAGAUGGAAGACCUCAGGUGCAAUCACUCAGGCGCAAUCCAUUCCCAUGCAUCCAUCAACCAUCCAUUCCACAGAGAGUCCCCUCUUCGAUACGGCCACUUUUCCACCAGAAUUGUUCGAUUCGUCUUCUGUGCUACUCUUAAUACUUUAAUUUAUGUGUACAAAUUUAUCAGUAAUUUUAAAUGUACGU